AUCAGUAUCAGAAAGAAGAGAGACAGAGGAAAGGGGCGAAAUUUGCGACGAAGAGGAUGAAACUAACGUGGAGCAAGAAGGCCAAAAAGCGAUCUCUGGGAGCUGUUUCGAAUUACCCUAAUCUUCCUUUCGAUCAGGAAACGGCAGAAUCUCAAUCUCGGCGUCAGUGUCGUGAAGAUGAUUCUGAGCGUGGACGAGAUGGUGAUCGGUCGGAGCUCAGAGGAUAUCAAGCAGAGAAUCAUGGGCAAUUCGAUUUCGAAGCUAUGAAACUCGCUGAGUCGUUUAGAUCCCAAGGAGACAAGCUCGCCGAGGAAGGGAAAUACAGGGAGGCUCUGGGGAAGUGGGAAACAGCUCUCAAUCUCAUGCCCGAAAACGCGGCCCUUCAUGAACAGAAGGCACAAGUAUUGCUUGAGCUCGGCGAUGCGUGGAAAGCCGUGAAAUCCGCUACUCGAGCUACCGAGCUAGAUCCAUCAUGGGCCGAGGCAUGGACUACUCUCGGUAGAGCACAGCUGAACUUUGGUGAGCCAGAUAGCGCUAUCGAGAGUUUCGAAAGAGCGUUAGCCCUCAAGCCGGAUUCCCGAGAAGCCAAAGAUGAUCUACACACCGCGAAACAACUUGUAAAGAAAAGAGAGCAGCUUCAUUCAUCGGGUCUGAGUACAAACAGCAAGCGUUUUCUCGUCGGAGACAAGACCAAAAGCUCAUGAAACAUUGGCUCCUAUAGAAGACGGUACGAGGUAGAGAUUUCGGUCCCUCUUUGUAACAUCUUGUAUAAAAGUCAAGCGUGUAAAAACAGAUUCGGAACAAGCCCAGCUUAGAAUUACGGUAAGGAAAUCUUAUUUUUCUCGA